UCAUACGUAACAGGCACUUGGUAAAUUCAGUUUCAUCCUCUGGAUAACUAAUCUAUGAACAAACCGCCCAGGACCAGAAUUUUGGAACAAACACAUUUUUCUUGUUAAACCAUGGCUUCUAUAGCGAACGUCACCGUAUCAUCAACUGGUGCACGUUUACUCUGCGGCCCGGCCACUUUAACCUUGAGCAGAGCGUCUUUCAGUUUCAUUUCAUCCUCAAAGUGUUACUCAACGUUGGGUUUUAAUCCCCUGCUGCGCAGGAACCGUGCACUGCCCUCAAGAAAGCUCGUGGUUCGUGCUGCCAGAACCGAGUCCCAAGGACUCUCUCUUGGUUUUCGGGCACCUGAUUUUGAGCUUCCGGAGCCUCUUACCGGGAAAAUUUGGAAACUAGAAGACUUUGAAUCACACCCGGCAUUGCUGGUCAUGUUCAUCUGCAACCACUGCCCCUUCGUUAAGCAUUUGAAGAAAGGUAUUGUAAAGCUUUCAAACUUUUACAUGAAGAAAGGGCUUGCAGUAGUAGCAAUAUCUUCAAACUCUACAACUACUCAUCCACAGGAUGGACCUGACUUCAUGGCCGAAGAAGCUAAGAUAUUUAACUAUCCUUUCCCAUACCUCUAUGAUGAGUCACAAGAUGUUGCAAGAGAUUUUGGAGCUGUUUGCACGCCAGAGUUUUUUCUAUUCAGAAAGGAUGGCCGUAGGCCUUUUGAGCUAGUUUAUCAUGGCCAGUUCGAUGAUUCAAGGCCAAGCAGUAAUGUGCCUGUCACAGGAAGGGACUUAAGCCUAGCAAUAGAUACUGUUUUGAGCGGGCAGCCAGUAACUUCCAUUCAGAAGCCCAGUGUUGGAUGCAGUAUAAAAUGGCAUCCCAAGGCAUAGGUAUAACUGCUGAUGUUCAUAUUGGAUCCCUGAGGUCAUUGUUGGCGUCUCUUUCGGGCUCAUGAUACUAUUUUUGCAAUGGCAAUCAACCAGUCUACUGCUAGAAUGUAAACUAUAUUUUCCUUUCCAUGUUACUAUUGCAAUCCCUUCUAUGUUCCUGUGAAUUCACUUCCAGUCUUCAGAUAUAGAUGGGCUGGUGUAUUCUUUAUUUAUUUAUUUACGUUACAUGGUUGUGUAUCUGACUUCUGACUUGCUGUGUAUGUUAAUUUUGGUUACAAGAAUUUCUUCAUUUUCACUGUCCUA